GCUUCACAUCGUCUACUUAGAAUUUCGAUCAUCGGGAGUCACAGAAAUGCAGGACAACAGGUUUUUUAUCUUCGUGAUCCUUUUGGCAUUUUCUACGUCUCUUAAUCUUGCUAGAUGCUCAGUCGGCCAGCACUUCGAAUCCACCAGAGAGGGUCAAAAAUUGAAAAUCAACGAUAGACGUUCCGCUGGAUUGGUGGCGUAUCCAAGAAUCGGCCGAAAUUCGGAAAUAGCGAGUUUUCCUAGAAUGGAGCGUGCUUUUGGAAUAAUACAUAAGCCCCGAAUCGGACGAUCCGAUGAAUCGAGCAAUUUGAAUCGAUUUCAGGAUUUACCAGCUGACGCCGAUAUGGAGUUCUACAUUCCACGCGACGUGGAAUCUGAAGUUCUUUUAAAUCUUGAUUACGAAGAUUACGCAGAUAGACCGAUAGCAUUUAAACAUGCUGACAAAAUUCAGAAAGAUGAUGCCUGGUUAAUGCCCGAUCAUGUACAUGGAUACAAGGAUCUUCGUUUCGCACAAAAAAUCGACAAUCCUCGAUCGUAUUAUUCUAUUUUACGAGGUUCUCGAAAUAGUCAAGGUCAAGGAGGAUACACUCCGAGACUAGGUCGCGAGAAUGAACACGACGCAACGAGUUUCCUGUAACUUGCCAUCUUUGAUCACGAUUCGCGCCUCGCGGAUUUGACGGAUGUUGACUUGAGACAAAGAAGGAACUUACUGUCAAAAA